CUUAUUUAUAAGCAUUGUUCUCAUGUUUCUUUUUUACUUUCUUUUUCUGGUUAGUGAUUGUUUGUUUGAUGAUGUCCAUGAUCGUUUCAGGUAUUCAAGUGCUUGAUAGAAGAGGCACAUACUCUAUUGACAGCACAAACCCAAUGCUCUAAGAUUAUGGGAAUUAGUGGAGAACAUGCUAAGAGUGGUGCUUCCAGAAUUUGCAGUUUGCAGUUGAAGAAAAGGAAAAGUUAACAAAUAACAUUCGUUUCGGUUAAGAUGGGAGAUUCUGACACGGUGUACACAUUAGAUGAAGCACUCACUACUGUUGGAUUUGGUAAAUACCAAGGUCUUUUGCUUGCUUAUGGAGGACUGGGUUGGGUUGCUGAAGCUAUGGAGAUGAUGAUUCUUUCAUUUGUCGGAUCAGCAGUUCAAUCUGAGUGGCAUCUAUCUUCUGGUCAGAAGAGCUCGAUAUCAACUGUGGUCUUCUUUGGCAUGUUGGUCGGAGCUUAUUUUUGGGGUGUCGUAUCUGAUAAUUAUGGACGAAAGAAGGGCUUCCUAGGCGUGGCUAGUAUUACAGCUAUUGCCGGGCUUUUAAGUGCUGCUUCACCAAAUUACAUAUCAUUAUUACUACUUCGAUGCAUAACCGGAGUUGGUCUUGGUGGUAUGCAUAUAUAUACCUCGUGGUUUCUAGAAUUUGUACCAACACCAAGUAGAGGUGCCUGGAUGAUUGUCUUUUCAAGUUUUUGGACACUCGGAACAAUAUUUGAGGCUGGUCUUGCGUGGAUUAUUAUGCCCAGUUUUGGAUGGAGAUGGUUAGUUGCGCUUUCUUCAGGACCCUCUUUCAUUGUACUACUCUUAUAUUGUCUGGCACCAGAGUCUCCAAGGUUUCUGUGCAUGAAAGGAAGAACUAAUGAGGCUAAUAAUAUUCUGAGAAAAGCAGCAUUGCUUAAUGGAACAGCACUCCGAGCUGGAAAGCUUGUUUCUGAUCAAGAGCAGGAUCAAAUGAACGAGUCUACAGCAUCAGAGAGCACCCAUUUGCUCUCACCAAGAGUAGAUGAACUGUAUAAGUACAAAGCAAAUUCCUCAUCACUGUCUAUACUUUUUUCUUCAAAAUUGAUCAGAACAAACCUUCUUCUGUGGUUAUUAUACUUCGGAAACACAUUUGCAUAUUAUGGCGUUAUUUUGCUUACUUCUGAACUGAGCAGUGAUCAAAGUAAAUGUAACUCAAUCAAAUUGCAUUCAGGGAAAAGCCAAAAUGCAAGCCUCUAUAUAGAUGUAUUCAUUACCAGCUUGGCAGAGGUUCCUGGCCUGAUCUUAUCAGCCUUCAUCGUGGACAGAGUGGGUCGGAAGUUUUCCAUGGUAAUCAUGUUUGUGUUAGCUUCAUUGCUACUUCUUCCACUGUUGGCCCAUCAGAAUGAGAUUUUGACCACAACUUUAUUGUUCGGAGCUCGUACGUUCAUUUCAGCAACUUUUGUUGUUGCCUGCAUCUAUUGCCCAGAGGUAUAUCCAACUAAUAUAAGAGCAACUGGUGUUGGAAUAGCAACUGCUAUUGGGAGAAUAGGCGGCAUGAUAUGCCCUCUUGUAGCCGUUGGGUUGGUGAAUGACUGUCAGCAGGCAUAUGCCGUUAUUCUGUUCCAGGUUACGAUAAUUCUCUCUGCACUCUGUGUAUUGCUCUCCCCAUUUGAGACAAAAGGUAGGAAUUUGGCUGACGCUCUGGCGGCUGAUGACCCGUAAGAUCAUACCAUUGUUGCACAGAUUUCACUCCAGCAGUUUGCAAAAGGAGAAACAGAACUCAAAUGACAACAACUACUUUUCAUCUUCUGCUGUUCAUGAAAGUUGUGCGUUCAUUGGUGUUAAUAAGUAGAGCCACUUUGGGUAAUGAGUAUUGCCACUGAAGGCAUGCAAGGGAUAGGCGAGUAGGCGAAUUCAUUUGCUAAUAGAGAUGUGAUGACAACAGAACAAGCUUCUUGUGAAGAGCUGGUAGCAUUUCCAAGUUGUCGGGCAUUAGGAAUGCGCCGGACUUUACUUUAGGAGGUUAUGUCCCGCAGUUUGAAUAGGAUCAAGAUUGUCACUUGAUUUCUUUAUCA